AUGAAGGAAGAUAAGCAGAAAGACCCUAAACCAACCAUCAGACUCCCAUAUCCUCAAAGGACAAAGAAGAAGAAGAAGAAUGAGAAAAUUUUCGAGAAAUUCUUGGAGAUAUUCAAGAAUUUUGAGAUUAACAUUCCUUUCGCUGAGGCCAUGGAGCAAAUUCCCUUAUACGCCAAAUUUAUGAAAGACAUCGUCUCAAAGAAACGUCCCACCAACACUGAGCGUGUUCUUUUAACUGAUACAUGUAGUGCUAUUUUGCAAGGGAUGAAGAUACCAGUGGAGAAGAAGGACAGAGGAUCAGUUACUAUUCCUUGCACUAUAGGAAAUAGAACUUUCAAAAAAGCACUUAUUGAUUUGGGAGCUAGUGUCAGUUUGAUGCCUUUUUCUAUUUACAAAAAAUUGGGUAUUAGCACGGUUCAAGACACUAGGAUGACACUACAGUUUGUCGAUCACUUAGUUAAGCGGCCUUAUGGAGUGGUGGAAGAUGUUCUGGUGAAGAUAGACAAAUUUUUCUUCCCGAUAGACUUUGUGGUUCUUGAAAUGCCUGAAGAUGAAGAGAUUCCUCUCAUUUUAGGCAGACCAUUUCUAGAGACGGGAAGAUGUAUGAUAGACAUAGAAGAAGAAACGAUGACUCUAAAAGUCUAUGAUGAAGAAUUGAAGAUUGAUGUCCAAAACACUAUGAAAUACAAAGAUGAUGUUGGUACCAGUCAUACUAUAGAGGUAAUAUAUCAAGUGAUUGCUCAGGGAAGUCCAGUGAAGACACCACAGUUACCGUUGUAA